AUGUCUGUAACACUUCCGUGUGUAGUUACUGAGUGUGGCCUGGAAGUUUCGGCAUUAGCGCCCCCGGUGUUUAAUUGGCGCGUGGCCAUCACGCUCGUGAUCCGUGAGUGCGUCGCGUUCCGGCGCUCGAGUGCACGCGACCGCGUGGGCGCCACGGGUGGCUGCUCGGGGCCUUGCCUGCGCACCAGCGGCGGCGCGCGCCUCUACGCUCUGCUCGUCUUCUGCGCGCUGCUGCUUUGCCUCGCGGCCUACUUCGCGUGGGCCUUCCUCGAGACGUACGCCUCCUACUCGGGCAAGGCCGUGCUCGCCAACGGCGUCACCAAGGCGACGGUGCACCGGCGUCACGUGGCGCGCGUGCUGCGGCGCGUGGCCCUGGCCGACCGCGUGUUGCUGGCCGGCGACCGCACGCGCGUCUACACGCGCACGCACGCGCUGCUCGCCGCGCAGGUGGCGCUGUACGUGGCGAUCCUGAGCGGCUACAUGGCGUUCGACGUGCACAUGACGCGCGCCAUGGAGCAGUACGACGCGCUCAACUGGGCGCUGUACUACGGCGCGUCGCACGUGCCGCACGCGUUCAACGUGGCGCUGGCGCUGGCGGCGGCCGACCUGCUGUGGCUGCUCGCGCACCGCUUGCAAUGCUUUGCCGGGAGACGCGCCACUGAAUUGGAAGCGCUGCCGAGUGUGAAGGGCUCAGUGGGCGGGCGGGCACUCGAACUGCAGCAGGAUGGCGCGCGAGGAGGCGGCGGCGCCGGCCAUGCCGAGCAGCGCGCCGCCGUCCAGGGCGAAGAGGCCGCAGGCGGAGAGGCGGGGGGCCCGCCGGGCAGCGCAAGUUGCGCGGCGAGGCGGGCCAGCUCGGCGCGCGGGGCCGGCGGCGGGCCGUCUCAGAAGGCAGCGGAGGCCAGCAGCGCGCCGCGCCCCGCGCCGCCGCGCACGCCCCGACGCGCCAGCGCCGCCGCCGCCUGCGCCGCGUUCAGCACCAGCCAGAAGGCGUACAGGCGCACGCCGUAG